AUGGUCGACUGGCCCCUUUACAUGAUAACCGCCGCAGUCAAGUUCUCAUCAGCGCGGGCCCACGAAUCCACCACGACGUACGCCACGCCCGACGCAGCACGCAUGGACAUCCUCAACCUGCUCAACUGGUACGAAGCCCACGCCGAUUACGCCUGGCCCGAUUUCUCCAGUCUCGGCUUCGACUUCUCGCUGGCGAUGCGCUGGCGUCGCGCCCUCGUCAACGACGUGUACAUUGCGCUCAAAAAAUCUGGUACCGUCAGGAUAGCGGCUGAAUGCGAGCUGCCCAGUACGCCCCUGAUUCGAGUUGCUUGCGGCAAGAGGUCGAGUUCAGAUGCUGGAGGACGUACGAUGGCGGAGCAGAAACGGCACUGCAGGCGCACAGGAAGCGAGAAUACUAGUUUCGCGUCUAGCGAGAGUACGGUGCGCGGCGAGGAAGACUUGAUGCUGGCUACCAACAUACGGCCUCUGAUUUGCCUUUCUGAGCAUGCGGUCCGCAAGUUGAUGUUUGAUUUCGAGGGCGAGAACGACGGUGGCGAGAAGGUACUUGCAGAGAAACCCCGCGUUUUCACGGCCGAACUGCAAAGCAUGCCGAACGAGCCAUGUUCGAAUCAAGAGCUCGAGGCCAGGACUGAGGCUCUCAGAGAGGCGUCCAGCACACUGAGCCCUGAGCUCUGAGCAGGCAGGGUUGGGAACGGGAACGGGAACGGGAAC